AUGACCACAGCAGCCACUAUGUCGAUUGCAGAAACAUCCACGGUUUCAAGGCCGUUCCCUCUGAAGCAUUUUGGCUCUUAUUCGCCAAGGAAAUCUUUACCUGCAGUUUGGAUGCGUUCAGGGACUUCAAAAGGCCUCUUCAUCCACCGAAGCGAUCUGCCCGACGCAACCGAAGAUUGGGCUCCCAUUUUACUAUCGGCAAUGGGAUCAUCGGGCUCCAGGGGAAAGCAGAUCGAUGGAAUCGGUGGAGCUACCUCAACUACCUCGAAAGUGGCAGUUAUUGCGAAAUCGACACGACCCGGCAUCGAUGUGGACUAUACUUUCGUACAGGUUGCUCCUGAUCAAGCAAAGAUUGAUAUGACAGGGAACUGUGGAAACAUCGCGUCUGGUGUAGGACCAUUUUCGGUAGAUGAAGGACUAGUUGUGGCAAUGCCGGGCCAAAAAGAGGCGAGUGGUAGCAGGAUAUUUGUUGGUUAUUUGCUAACUGAUCAUCAGAUCAGUGUUCGUGUCUACAACACAAAUACCCAAAAAGCCAUUUUGGAAACGAUUCAACUUUCUCCGGUUGGUAAAUUCCGAGAAGAUGGCACCUGUCGCAUUCCCGGUGUUGAGGGAACAUCUAGCCCGAUCAAGGUCGCUUUCCUUAAUCCUGCAGGUAGCAUGACUGGGAAGAUGUUUCCAAGUGGUGCGAAGCAAGAGAUUCUCACACUUCAAUCGCCGAAUCUGGGUGCUGUUCACGUUCGAGUGAGUCUUGUCGAUGCAGGAAACCCAUUUGUACUUGUCGAUUCCGGCUCUCUGAACGUUGAGGGUAAAUCCAUGUGUCCAUUUUCACUGGACACCGAUCUUGGCGUGCUUGCCGAGGAGAUCAGACGAAACGGUGCAGUGCAAUUCGGACUAGCCUCUGAUGUGGAGAGCGCAGGACUGGUUCGAGGCACACCGAAGAUCGCAUUCUUAUCUGCACCCGCGGAGGAAACUUCGGAUAUUGAUGUGCUUGCAUUUUCCAUGGGGAAGCCGCAUCCCAGUAUUCAAAUGACGGGUGUUGUUUGUAUUGGGGCUGCAAUGGCCAUUUAUGGAACUGUUGCGUGGCAUUUGUCCAGGGCAUCGGAUAGUCAGGUUCCCAAACAUGGAAUGAAUGUUGGAGGCCAGAGGAUUGCGAAUCCUGUCCCCGUGCGAAUUCGACAUCCUGCCGGUGUCAUAGAGACUGAGACUGUCCUGGAUAUGAGAGGUGAAGGUGAUGUUGAUGUGGAGCAAGUGGCAGUUAUGAGAACCGCGCGACGGCUAUUCGAGGGUAAUGUUUUCUACAGGGCGUGA